UAAUUGUUACCUAAACACUUUGACUGACAUUCCACAGAUCUUUGACUCAGUUGGGCUUUUAAUUAGUUCUGUUAUCUCAACACCCACUAAUAACGCCAAACUCUUGUUCGUUCCAUAUACAGUGGUUAAUAGUAUUGGUUCCAACUUCCCAUUUGAUUUUCUUCGUCUACACUCAGGUGGACAUUGAGGGAUGAAGUUGUAGGAGAUUUAGUUUGGUUAUUGAGAUGGAAAAGAGGAAUUGGUUGUGGAAAAGGAGACCUUCUGAGAGGAGCAGUGGUGAAACUGAGAGUUGUGGUUCAUUGUCAUCACAUUCACAGAGACACUCUGAGGAGCAGCAGGAUGCAUUAAAAGAAACUCCAGAUCAUGACAACCAGUCACCGGAAGUAACCUCAAAAGCUGCAACUAUUGAUCAUGAAGCAAAGGAAAGUCCUAGGAAGUUGAUAGAAAAGUUAUCAGCUGCUCUAGUCAAUGUUAGUGCCAAAGAAGACUUAGUUAAGCAGCAUGUUAAAGUAGCAGAAGAAGCUGUUGCAGGUUGGGAAAAGGCAGAAAAUGAGGUUGCAGUUCUAAAGCAGCAACUCGAGGCAGCUGUGCAGCAGAACUUGACGUUGGAUGUUCGCAUCAACCAUCUUAAUGGUGCUCUCAAGGAAUGUGUCAGGCAGCUGAGACAAGCGAGAGAUGAGCAGGAGCAAAGAAUUCAGGAUGCUUUGGAAGAGAAGAAAAAAGAAUGGGAGUCUGCAAAAGCUGCACUUGAAAAUCAGCUACUUGAGCUUCAGACACAAGCUGAGGCUAGUGGAACUGGUUCUCCUGUUUCUACUGAUCCUGAUGUUCUUGUCAGGCUUGAGUGUCUAGAGAAGGAGAACACAGUUCUUAAACUUGACCUUUGUUCUUGUUCAGAGGAGUUGCAAAUUACGACCAUAGAGCGUGACUUGAGCGCCCAAGCAGCUGAAACUGCUAGCAAGCAGCAGCUAGAGAGCAUAAAGAAGGUGACCAAGCUUGAAGCCGAGUGUCGAAGACUACAAGCCUUGGCUCGCAAAUCAUCCCUACUCAGUGACCAAAGAUCCUUUGAUAGCCACAUGAUGCGCAAACUGGAAACAAGUGAACGUGAACAAAGUUGCUCUGAUUCAUGGGCAUCAGCACUAAUUGCUGAGCUCGAUCAAUUUAAGAAUGAAAAAGCCAUGCCUAAAACUCUUGCUGCCCAUUCUAUGGAAAUUGACAUGAUGGAUGAUUUUUUGGAGAUGGAGAGACUUGCUGCAGUAUCUGAAACUGUGAAUAAAGCCUCUUCGCUUACAUGUGAUGCUGUUGCCCAUGACUUCCCAAUUGAAGAGAAUCCCCUGGCAGCAAAAUGUGAGGCCAUUUCACAAAGGGUAGCCGAAUUAGAACAAAAGCUGGAGAAGAUUGAAGCAGAGAAAGCUGAACUGGAGAAUGCUUUAUGUGAGAGCGAAGGUGCCCUUAAGGUAUCCGACUUGCAGCUUAAGGAAGCUCAAAUCAAGAUAGAAGAGCUGCAGAAGGAGCUAGAUGUAGUGAAUGAGUCGAAAGAGUUGCUAGAGGUUCAACUCUCUGGCAUGGAAGUAGAAGCACGGACUAUGUCAACAAAUGUUGAUUCUUUAAAGACAGAAGUUGAAAGAGAACGAUCCUUGUCAUCUGCUCUUAAGGUGUCCGACUUGCAGCUUAAGGAAGCUCGAAUCAAGAUAGAAGAGCUGCAGAAGGAGCUAGAUGUAGUGAAUGAGUCGAAGGAGUUGCUAGAGGUUCAACUCUUUGGCAUGGAAGUAGAAGCACGGACUAUGUCAACAAAUAUUGAUUCUUUAAAGACAGAAGUUGAAAGAGAACGAUCCUUGUCAUCUGCUCUUAAGGUGUCCGACUUGCAGCUUAAGGAAGCUCAAAUCAAGAUAGAAGAGCUGCAGAAAGAGCUAGAUGUAGUGAAUGAGUCGAAAGAGUUGCUAGAGAUUCAACUCUUUGGCAUGGAAGUAGAAACGCGGACUAUGUCAACAAGCAUUGAUUCUUUAAAGAAAGAAGUUGAAAGAGAACGAUCCUUGUCAUCUGAUAUGGAAACUAAGUGCCACGAAUUGGAAAUUGAACUAAGAAGAAAAUAUCAGGAAGCUGAACUUCAGAAAGCUUCUAAUUCAAAUGGUGAAUCGAAAAUAAAGCAGGAAGACUUAGCUGUAGCUGCUGACAAGCUUGCAGAAUGCCAGAAAACAAUUGCAUCUCUUGGGAAACAGCUUCAGUCACUAGCUACUUUAGAAGAUUUCUUGAUAGACACUGCAAAUCUUCCUGGAUUUUCUGGAGGAGGAUCAGUUGUGGCUAGAGCUAGCGGAGAGGAAUGGAAGUUGCAUGUAAAUGAGACAUUUACCUCAAGACAAAAUUCAGAUACUACAAAGUUUGAGAAUUCUAGUCAUUCUGUGAAUGGAAAUGAAGGAGAGUCAUCAUCUUCUUCGUCAUCGUCGUCUACUUCAUCAGCUACUCAGGUGAUCACCUCCAAAAGUAGAAAUGGUUUUGGGAAGAUGUUUUCUCGAAGCAAAACUGGAAUUCAGCUCUAAAAUAUAAGAGUGGAGUCGGGUCCUAAAAUCAAAAAAGGAUAAAUACAAGAGGAAAGCCAAGAUGCAAAAACUAAGUGUUGUCAGUCAUCACACAGUUAUAUGGUUAUGAGUAGAAUGGCUAAUUAAAUUUUGUUUAAUUAGAUAAUAUGUGCUAUGAAGUUCUUGUGAAAGAGUGCAUAUCUAUCAAAUGGCAUUAGAUCAUGACUUUCUGGUGCUUUGGCUGUGGUCACCUCCCUCCCUCUUUUGUUUUGAUCCUUUUAGGUAUAUAUCCAGCUGCCUCUUUUACUCGAUUCCCUGAACUCUGGCGUGAUGCUGUGAUGUGAUGCUUCCUGCUAGGGGUGUACAUGGUUUGGUUUGAGUCAUUUUUUCAUAAAUAGCUAGGAGAAUUUCCAAUUUAGUUGCAACUUGCAUGGCCUCACGUGAUCUGUUAUUGCUCAGUUCAUUUUAGUUACAAGAUUGCUUUG